AUGAAAUAUGGUAAACAUCAAAUGAUGCUAAUUAAGAAGCGAAUGAAUGUGGAAAAUUGGAUUGACGAUCAGUUGAACGAGCUUUAUAAAACUGCUACGGACAAUAUUGAUAUUGAUGUUGAUGCAGUUCUCGAUCUCAAUACGGAACCAGAAAGGCGCCGUUAUGUAAUGGAUCUGUUACGAAAGACACAUUGCCCCGCAACGGAAAUCGAAAUUCAUGAUUUCUUGAAUCAGUUAAUGCAAAAACUGGAUGUGUUAUGA